ACACACAUUUCAGACACUAGAGAAUAAAUCGGUUCUAAAUCUAGUGCUUGACUUUGACUUGUUAAACCCCUAUAAAAGUAACUACGGCUUUUUUUACUUCUCAUUCUUCGUAUCCGGCGAAGAUAUGGACCGUUCAACGCCGGAACAUAACUCACCCUCCUCCCACAAACGUCUAAGCGUGAGCUUUCUCGUCUCUAUGAUGGUUCUCUGCGCCAGGCAUGCGAAUCGGCUCUCAAAGAAACUAAAGCUAAAGUCUAAGAAGCGAACUCACAGCGGCGGAGAGGGUGGAGGAGAAAGAUUCCGAUGGAAUAUGAUAAGCUCGUCUAUGAGUUCUCCUAGGCCGAAAGAGUUGUUCACGGCUUUGAGCAACAAAGCGAUGACGAUGGUCCGCCGGGAAAAAACGGCCGAGAAAAAAGCGGUGGCGGUGGAGGAGGAGCACGGCCUUUGGCAGAAAGAGAUAUUGAUGGGAGGCAAAUGUGAGCCGUUGGAUUUCUCGGGUGUGAUUUAUUACGACUGCAACGGACGGCUGCUAAAUGAGGUGCCACCAAGAUCGCCACGUGGCACUCUGUUACCUAGUUACCCGACCCGUUCUUAAGUCGGGUCGCAGUUAAACCUAAUGGAACGAAUGAUUAUUAAGCAACUUCAUUAGAUGAUUGAAACGUCGAUUACGCAGCAAAACAAAAAUAUUAUGUAUAUAAGAAUGUUGUAACAAGACAACGCCGGAACAUAACUCACCCUCACAGAGACGAUUGUUAUUGUUAUCGUAAUCUAAUAUUUUUUGAGAGCAUUAA